CCGCAUCGCAGGAUUAGGAUUCUCCCUCCUUUCUCAACUCCACUCCAGUUUGCCUCUGAACAUCUGCAGAUCCAACUGUACAGGAAUAGAACCCGUAGCAUGGUCACGUGCUUCCCUUCCUCGCCCAAGAAACUGGGGAUGACGGCGGCCUUGUUUUCCGCAGCAGCCGCCAUCAUGGGUUACGCGGCGCAUCUCUCCUACGUCAAUGUCGCCCCUCAACAAGCUCGUACUAGAGCUCGGGAUGAGUUCGUUAAGGAACGAAUGAGACAGAGGCAUGGCUAUGGCAAGUGACAGAUGUUUAGCGCAAACAAGUCUUUUUUCUUCUUCUGCACCAGUGAUUCUUUCUCCGUUCUUUUUGCAAGCAGUCUACUCAUGUAUACCAUCUCUAUACACUAGCUACUUCUGCUUUCUCAGCUCUGAAUGCCACAAAUAUGUUGAACUACAAACUGUGUG